AUGACUUCUUCAGUUAUACUCCGGCGUUCAAUGUCUCGAUCCAAAUCGCCAAGGAGAUCCAAAUCUCCAAGGAGAUCCAAAUCUCCAAAGAGAGCCAAGUCUGUAAGAAGGAGAGGCAAGGCAAAGAGGAGAGCCAAGUCUCCAAGGAGGAGAGCCAAGUCUCCAAGGAGGAGAGCCAAGUCUCCAAGGAGGAGACGCAAGUCUCCAAGGAGGAGACGCAAGUCCCCAAGGAGGAGAGGCAAGUCUCCAAGGAGGAGAGCAAAGUCUCCAAAGAGGAGAGCAAAGCCUCGCAGGAAGAGGGCCUUCACAGUGUCAAACCUGAUACUGAAGGCUGUGUCCGCUUCCAAAGAGCGCAGAGGCAUGUCCCUGGCAGCUGUGAAGAAGUAUCUGAAGGCUGUAGGAUACAAUGUUACCAGGAACAACACCAGGGUCCUCCUCACCAUCAGACGCCUAGUGGCCAACAAAUCUUUGACCCAGAGCAGGGGCUCCGGGGCCUCAGGCUCCUUCAAGGUGAACAAAAGGGCUCCUGCUCGUAGAAGGAAGAGAGUGGUGCGUAGGAAGAAGCCAAGGAAGAGGGUCAGAAGGGCCAGUCUUAAGAGGUCAGCUCGAGGUCGCAGACGAAAGAGGAAGUCACCGAAGAAAAGGAGGAAGGCAAAGAGUCCAAGGAGAGUCAAGAGACGAGCUGCUAGGAGAUCAAAGAGUCCCAGGAAGGUCAAGAGAAGAAGGGCCAGGGCCAGGAACUAA